GACCAAGUGCGAAAAGAAGAGAGUGAAGACACUUGAGGACGGUCAGAGCAACAUUUUAUCACACGAAGACAAAGAUCUGCAAUGGCCAACCACAAAAGUUUGAUUACUGCUGCAGAUCUGAGAAGUCAUGAAAACAACUUGGGUCAUCACACCAGGGAGAUUGAUCGGAAGCGCUUGAUUGUACGUAGGGGUCAAGCCUUCUCCAUAACCCUACAGUUUUCUGACUCUCUGCCCCCCGAACACCACCUGGAACUGGUCCUGCACCUUGGGAAGAGAGACGAGGUUGUGAUCAAGGUUCAGAAGGAGCGUGGGACAGGAGACAAAUGGUGGUUUAACCAGCAGGGAGCUCAGGCUGAAAUGCUGCUGACUCUGCACAGUCCAGCAGACGCUAUCAUUGGCCAUUACCAACUAUCCAUGUUGGUGAUGUCACCUGACGGACGCAUUUUGGAGGAGAACCACAAAAUCAGUUUCCACCUGCUCUUUAACCCGUGGUGCAAAGAUGAUGUGGUGUACCUCCCUGAUGAGAGCCUGCUCCAGGAGUAUGUUAUGAAUGAACACGGAAUCAUUUACAUGGGAGCCUGGGAUUACAUCGGAAGCAUUCCCUGGAAUUAUGGACAGUUUGAGGACUAUGUUAUGGACAUCUGUUUUGAAGUCCUGGACAACUCCAACGAUGCCCUGAACAACUCAGAGAUGGACAUGGAGCGCAGAUUCGACCCUGUCUAUGUCAGCAGGAUAAUAACUGCAAUGGUGAAUGCCAACGGUGACAAGGGUGUGUUGGCUGGUCGCUGGCAAGAGCCAUACUCUGAUGGAGUUGCACCAAAUCGAUGGACCGGCAGCGUGCCGAUCCUCCAGCAGUGGAGCAAGGCCGGUGCCAGGGCCGUCAAAUACGGCCAGUGCUGGGUCUUUGCUGCUGUCGCCUGCACAGUGCUCCGCUGUCUGGGGAUCCCAACACGCCUUAUUACCAACUUCAGCUCUGCUCAUGAUGUUGAUGGAAACCUCUCUUAUGACGUCCUGCUGGAUGAAAAACUGCAGACCUUUAACGGAGAAGGCAGGAGAGACAGUAGCUGGAACUUCCACUGUUGGGUCGAGUCCUGGAUGAAGAGAGAGGAUCUCCCCAAGGGAAAUGAUGGCUGGCAGGUUUUGGAUCCCACCCCGCAAGAACUGAGUGAUGGUGAGUUUUGCUGUGGUCCAUGUCCAGUGAAAGCCAUCAAGGAGGGAAAUCUGGCAGUGAAGUACGACGCUCCGUUUGUAUUCGCUGAGGUGAAUGCUGACAUCAUCCACUGGAUCGUCCACCCAGAUGGCCAACGGCAGAAGAUCAAAGUGGACCAGAGUACCGUGGGAAGGAACAUCAGCACCAAGAGUGUUUAUGGCAACCACAGAGAAGAUGUGACUGGAGAGUACAAAUAUCCUGAAGGCUCCAACAAGGAGAGAGAAGUCUAUGAGAAGGCAGGACGACCAGUCACUGAGCCGACCAAUGGGACUGCAGAACCAGUACAACUGCAGAUGACAAUAAAGCAUGCUAAGCCUGUAUUUGGGACAGACUUUGAUGUGAUUGUUGAGGUGAAAAACGAUGGGGUAAAAGAUGCUCAUGCUCAGCUGACCAUGCUGGCAUUGGCUGUAACUUACAAUUCCCUCCACCGGGGGGAGUGCCAGAGAAAAGCUAUCACUAUCACUGUCCCCGCUCACCAAGCCCACAGGGAAGUGCUGCGUCUGCGAUACGACGACUAUGUGAGGUGUGUCUCUGAGCAGCAUCUGAUCAGGGUGAAAGCACUCUUAGAGGCUCCAGGGGCGAACGAACCCAUCAUGGCCGUGACCAACAUACCACUGAGCAUGCCUGAACUCCUGGUCCAGUUGAAAGGGAAGGCCGUUGUAUAUGAGCAAUCAACAGCCUACAUCUCCUUCACCAACCCUCUACCAGUCCCACUGAGGGGUGGCGUGUUCACAGUAGAGGGGGCCGGCCUACUGUCUGCCACUGAGGUUCUAGUUGAUGAUAAUAUUGCUCCAGGCCAGAAAGUGUCUGUCAAGCUCUCCUUCAAACCCAUACGGACCGGAGUGAGGAAGCUCGUGGUGGACUUUGACUCUGACAGGCUGAAGGACGUGAAGGGAGCCGCCACUGUGGUUGUCCAUAAAAGAUACAACGGAUCAUGGGAUUAUAUUGGAAACUUUUGAGCUAAAUGAAACAGGCACGUCCAAUAUUGUGAGAUAAUGUGAUUAUGUGAUAAUGUGAAGAUAGGACUUCCCUUGUGUGAAUGUGUAAAGAAAUGUUAUA